UGGGUGUCUAUUUUAAAAUCGCACGAUCCAUUUAUUUUGGCCUACAUUUUAUUUUGAACAAACCUCAAUAGGAAGCGUGGUAAAAUAUGGCUGAAUCACAGAAGGCUCCCAUGUAAGCAUGUAAUGCACUAUACUGGGUGUAGGAAAGCUGUAGUUUUGCUGAUCUACAGAGUGGAGUUUAUCUCUUAACUGCUUUAUCCUGGUCAUAGUGGAGAUGAGUUCAGAACCUGUUUGCUGGGCCAGAGGAGGAAAUAACCCUGGAUGGGACACCAGUUUAUUGAUGGCACCAUGCACAACCAUUCCAGAUGUAGUGACAUGUUCUGUUUGUGUGUGUGUUAAAGCUUAUUUGUGUUUAUAGACUGGAUCAUAGAGAGAAAAAGGAAAAUGGUGGCCUCAGCAGAAAUUUUCAUCUCAACAGCCCAGAGGUUUCUCUGUUGUGGAAAGAAGAAGAGACAAAUUCCUCAUUCAUUAUGUCUUGAUAUCGCUGUGCAAAUCAUUGCUGUUGAUCUGGGCCUUAAACCGGCCGUUCUGUAUGAUUUUAAUGGUGCGUGUGCAGAACAGAUCCAGCAAUACGUCCGUUCACUUCAGGAGGCCGGAGAACUGACUACAACGCUCCAAAUACUCUCCAUUAAUGAAAAUUGUCUUGUUGUGAACUCUAUUCGAAUGAAAGAACAUUUGAGUGGAGUGCUUAAGAAAAACAAUGUCCUCAUUGUUGAUGUCUGUCCAUGGAAGGAGCAGCCAUGUCUGAUUGUUAUGGAUAGUAGCACCAAGCGAAUGGUCAAAGACAUGCUGGACUUUAUUACAGACAAAGACAACAAGCAUCCAUCAGUCAGUGUGGUGACAGAGGAGCUCUAUGACCAGUGGAACUUGUGCACACUGUUUGGGAUUCUCCUGGGUUAUCCUGCUUCAUACUGGUUUGAUCAAGUGCAGAGUGUUGAGAACUGUCUGACUAUGACCCCACUGGUUGUAAAUAAGGUUUGGGUUUGCUGGCCGUUAUGUGAUCCAAAGCUGCAUAGCAGUUGUCUUUAUUCAUUCAGUGUCCCUGAAGUGUUGCAGGCAGAAGUUGGUACCUAUAUAGAAAACUGGAUGGAGCGCCUGAGAACCCAAUUUGGUGAACAGAAAGUUUUCACUGAACUCAGUGUUUCACAGGAAACUGUCAUGUUGCCCUCUGUAGCCCUGUAAAUGCUUAUGCUUUUAUUUGGUUGUACUGUUUCAAAGCCUCUUUUUUUGUGUGUGUUCACCAAAGACCACAAGUGAUAAUUUAUGAGUUUACAAACUGGGCUAGGAGGAAAUCAGACCCAGUUUUACUUCUUUAUACCAUUUUUGUGUAUUUUUCAUGACUAUUGGAGGUGGUUUUGGUCUGGUUGGUUUUCCCAGAAGUCCAAAAUACUUCACUUGGCAAUUAAAUAAAAAUAAAACGUUAUAUUGGUGACCUUUUAAACUUUAAAA